AUGUUGAAGAAUGCUGCUGCGGUCCCAAUCGCCAUUGAGUCUAAUUGUUCCUACUCAAAAAGCGGGAUUUAUAACAGUUUGGGCAAUGUUAAGAUUACUGAUUGCGAAGGUAGCGUAGAUACCAACAUUGCUACAUCGGCAGAUUAUUCUAUCGGCCGAACCUCGCCCAAUUUACCAGAUUGCCGACGGCGGAACUGUCUAUCUUGGUACUCCAUCUCAGCUCACUCCAACUCGUCUGCACCUGGUUGCAGAUCUCCAGGUAGCCAAUCAGGCGGGUCUUGCCAGAGCAGGAUACAGCAUUAUACUGUAUCUCCGGAUCAAAGCUGCACCCUUAUGUCUUUGGAUGAGAUUAUCAACGGCAGUGUACGCCUCAUCAUUUCUAUUCAUUUAUUUGCUGCACAUUAG